UCCCAAUACUCGAUAAUCGAUCAGCGAACAGUUCUUCGUCCGGUCAUCGUUUCCGUCUCUUCCGCGUAGUUUCCUUUUCGCUCUGUGCCCCCUUCGUGGACCCACCAGUCCGACAUUUUCGUGCAAACUGCUCCCUCAAAUUCUAAAAAGCAACCUGCGAACCAAAUGGCUGAUCCUGGUGACGCUUUGAUAUAUUCCUCGAGCUCCAAGUGCGCCUCUUCGACGAAGGGAUCCAAAGAAACAGCCGUAGCUUUUUUGAAAUUCCCCCAAUUCGCCGUAGUCCAGAUUAUGCUGAUGAAGGAGCUUCGCCUCUGCGCUCACGACCACAGCUUCCUGCCUCCAUGGUAGCUUUUUGAUAUCUCGAACCACUAGGAAUCGUUCGUUGAAAAUUCCGCUCCGGGCGGGAACCGCUUCAAGGGGGCUUAGAUAUGGAAUACUAGGUGGAUACAUCUUGCGGAAGCAUAGACUUUACCGCGAUAAGCGCUUUAAUUUUAGUUUUUUUUUUUUAAUAUUAGGAUAUAAUUUGUUUUAUCAAAAUGCCUGUGUUAACUUUGCAGCGCUCUUACAAGUACAUAAUGUACGCUACCAAGCAACCCUCUCUGAGGAUCAAGCAGGCUGACCUGAAGUGCAAAAACGGAUGCGGUUUCUAUGGGAAUGCUGACUGGAAAGGAUACUGUUCGCAAUGUUAUCGAAACCAAAACGAUCAAGAGAGGCAGAGAAAAUCUCAUCAGAGCACUUCUUCAGAACACUCGAAAAGUCACGUGUCUGGAUUCACAAAGUUCGAAGAAAAAAAAAGGCAGCAGACCGACAAGAAAAACAAGUACCUGAAAAGCUUGCCUGUCUUCAGGAAAUCUUCUAGCGCCAAAGAUUCUUCCAGACCAGAAAGAUACGUAGAUAUCAUGAGACACGCCAAUCCAGACGCCGACAAACUCAUGGUCGAGUUCAUAACGACUUAUGGCGAAUGGGGCGAACUCGUCCGGAAAGACUUCUUCAGAUGUGCGCAGGCCUUCACGACUAAAAUUCUGAGUGAACUCGAUUCGAAGUCUAUCGAGGAUCUCGCCGAGAUCGUGCAGAAUUUCUAUAAUGUUUUCAACACGAGGAUGAACUCUUACGCAGUUUACGAAAACGUUCCUGACGAAGUCAGGGAGAAGUUGUUGGAGUUUUACGAGAAGUACUGCAUGAUCGGAUUAUAUAGCUUCUUGUUCUGUCCGGCAUUCACGAACGACGAAGAAAAAGACCUUGCCAUCCAGGACAGGAUCCGGCACCUGAGCUGGGUGAAUGCCCACCAUCUUGACUGUUGCAUAAGCGAAACUAGCAUCGAGGUUCGCGAUCUCGUCUACACCGCCAUCAACGAUUUGCUCGGUAUGGAUUCGAUUAAAGCUCCGCAAGAGAAACUAAAUUGUGUCGUCAAGUGCUGUCGAAGUGUUGUGGAAGUCCUUCAGCACUGUCGCGGUGGGCCUGUCAGUGCUGAUGAAUUCCUGCCAGCUUUGAUUUUUGUUGUCUUGAAAGCUAAUCCUUCUAGGCUUAAAAGUAAUAUUCUGUACGUCACGAGGUUUUGCAACGAUGCAAGAUUGAUGCAGGGAGAAGGGGGCUACUAUUUUACCAACCUGUGUUGCGCCGUCUCCUUCAUCGAAAAUCUCACUGCGGAAUCCCUCAACAUGCCGGUGAAAGAAUUCGAAUCCUACAUGUCUGGCGAGGUGGCUUGCGUUAGUGCUUGGGAGUCUGCUUUGGUCGCUUGUGAAGGUAUGCACCAGCUGUGUGAACACCUUUCUCUGCUCAAGGGGCUGUCAGAGAGGACGAAUACCGUUAGAGAAAACACGCAGACUCUGAGGGAGGAUAUGGAGAAGUUGAAGGAAGAAAUAAACGAAAAGGUCGCCUCGGUCCUAGAAAGAACGCCUCUCAUCAUCAAACCCAGACAGAGUCCUCUGCCUCUAACUAAGGAGAGCCUAUCAACAGUCGUAUCAACCGCUUCAAACCUAUGCGUCAUCAAUGAACCAGUCGCAGAGCAAAACGAAGAAUCCGUACCUCAAAAUUACUAUCUGAAGAACUUGUCCCUCAGCCAAAUAGCGAGUUUGGACAGUACGAAGAAUAAGCUCCAGUUAGACAUCACGCCCUGUAUACUCUUCGAUAGCCUCACUCCCGACGACAACAGCCUGUUGGGCCUCUCUAAGAUCAACUACGACAUCGACUUCUCCGACCUGAGCGCGGACAACAGCGUCGCCGAAGACCUGACGCCAGACAAGCGGACGCCGGACCCAUUCAGCCCCGUCGGGGCCGCCGGCGACACCAUGCAGAGCCCGCUCAUCCCGGCCGUCGUGCCCCACGUCGACGCGAAACCGGCCAAGAGGGACGAGUUCGUCCUGCCGUUUCUCGACGACGCGCAGACUCCUGGAGAGGGGGAAACGCUCUUGGAUAAGGAGGAAGGGGCGAUGAGCUUGCCGCCGCCGUUGACACCGACGGCUUUCGAGUACAGCGGGUUCUCUAAGCAGGGAUCUAGGAUACCGAGCAUCCCGUGCAGUACGGGGGAGUUAGGGUUUUGUUCGUUGCCUGCGAGUUUGCCUUCGACGUCCAAGGAGGGGGAAAAUUGAGGGGCGGUAGCGGGAAAAGGGAAGUUUAUUGCAGGAAGGUAGAAAGAGCCUCGUCGUAGGUCUGUUUGGGCUGGUUUCGGCAUAGUAAAGAUGUUUUUGGGGGUUUCAGGAAUGUAUACAGUUGCCGAGGAGUUUGUAUCAAAGUUCGGAGGGGCGGUCCGUAAAUUAUGUCAAACGAAUUUCGAGAUUUCUAGUUUGCUCCCUCCACGCCACAUUCUGUGAGAUUUUUUUCGAAUAACCUCUAUAUUGUGAAACACUUAUCACCUUCAUAAUGAUAUAAUACGAGGGGGGUCCCAGAAGUACCCAGACCAACAAAGAAAACACAAAAACUUUGGAAAAAAAUGUGUUUGUUUUUCAACAUACUCUCCUUGCGGCUCUAUAUACUUUUUUCUAGCGACGAUCAAUAAGUUAGAUACCGUUUUUAUAAUAAGAACUGUGUUGCUCCUCAAAAUAGCCAUUAACUGCCGACAUUACUUCUUUAUCGUUGGAAAAUCUUUGACCACCGAGUCAUUUUUUGAAGUUUGAGUACAGAAAACAAUCCGAAUAGGGUGUAUACGGUAGCAAUUCAAACCUUAAUUCGUUAGUUUUGGUCAUUGCGAUGAUAGAUUUGUGAGCACACUUCUUUCUUAGUCAAAUGCGGCCGUUUUCGCUUGAUUUCUUCACUCAAACGUUUUAUUAAAUUCGCGUAAUACUCGACGUUGAUAUUUUCACCUUUUUUAAGAUAGUCGAUAAAAAUUAUCCCAGGUGCAUCCCAAAAAACCGAUGCCAUGACCAGUGCUUUGUAGAUUUUCUUCACCGUUUCUGGAGUCGUCACUUCAUUUGGUUGAUCACUGCGAUGUUCAUCUUGGCAGUUCGUACUGCCCCGUUUAAACUCUGCUACCCAAUAUUUUACUGUUGUAAACGAAGGAGCGGACUCGCGCAGAGUAGAGUCCAGUUCAGCUUUCAUAUUGGUUGGACUGAGAUCUUUCAAAUCGGAGUAUCGUACCACAUAAACGAUAAUCAAUUCACCGAAAACGUUGGCUAUUGAUGGCUGCCAAACGAAUACUGAACAACGCAUCGUCUUCAAACUUGAAACAUAUGCUUUAUAUACUGUGUACUUUCUAAUACUGUGAUAGUUUUCAAACAUCUAACGCCAUCUGUAGGUCAGGUCGGGUACUGAAGGGACUACCGUCGUAGGGAAAUCUAAACUCAUUGCUUUUACAAAAAAGGUGUUUCAAAAAAUACAUUUAAACUAAUAUCAAUUACUUCGGUCUCUUUUCAAUAUACAUGCCAGUUUUGUUCCAAAUGAAUUUGAACGGUGACGUUACUGAAGAAACAGAAGGCACCUAAAAAUAAUACCGUCAUUAACUUGUGACGUAAUUAAUGGACGCCCUCAAAUUCCAUAAUUUUGGCUGUAUAUUUUUUGGGGCGAAACGUACAUUUUUGUAACAGAUUCAUAAAAUUCCAUAAAGAUUUUUUCGGCCAAUGUAAAGUCUGACAUCAACUCCAUUUUACAAAGAUAGUGUGGGAAGUGGGGAAAUGUUCAAUUUCAAUAUUCUUGAAGAACAAUAUGCAGCAAACAAAAAUGAGGAACAUUGAUGCAGUGGUGUGAAUUCUAAACAAUCAAUCUUUGCCUGAAACAACUUUUCAUCGACUGUAUUUGUAACCUAAAAACCUUCUUGCUAUGCCUACACAUAGAAACUUUUUUUUUGUCUCGCUGGAGCUUUCCGAAUAUACCCCAAUGAUAUUCGGGAAGCUCCAGCGAGACAAAAAAUGUUAUUCCAGUAACUUUAUGUUGCCGAUCAUUGUUAAAAAGAAAAAAAAAUGUAUCAUGCUAGUUAUUGCUCUUGAAUUUUGUUAAAUAUAUAAAAUUGAUUUA